AUGGCCAGUGGUAUCACAAUCCAAAAUACAGCAGGUCCAGAUACUCACCAAGCUGUAGCAUUCCGAUCCGACAGUGACCUUUCCAUCAUUGAGAAUUGUGAAUUUCUUGGCAAUCAGGACACCCUGUACGCCCAUUCUAUGCGCCAAUACUACAAGUCAUGCCGCAUCCAAGGCAAUGUGGACUUCAUUUUCGGGAACUCAGCUACCUUCUUCCAAGAGUGUGACAUCCUUGUUGCUCCUCGGCAACUAAAUCCAGAGAAGGAAGAGAACAAUGCAGUUACAGCUCAUGGAAGGAUAGACCCAGCGCAAUCAACUGGCUUCGUCUUCCAAAACUGUUUAAUAAAUGGGACUGCAGAUUACAUGACCUUGUACUACAGGAAGCCUAAGGUACAUAAAAAUUUCCUCGGAAGGCCAUGGAGGGAGUAUUCCAGGACAGUCUUUAUACACUGUAUAUUGGAAGCGCUUGUUAGUGCUAACGGUUGGAUGCCUUGGAGUGACAAUUUUGCUCUGAGUACUCUUUACUAUGGAGAACUCAAAAAUACUGGUCCUGGAGCUAAUACAACAGGAAGGGUGCCAUGGAGUAGCCAAAUCCCAGCAGAACAUGUUGGCUCAUACUCUGUACAAAAUUUCAUUCAGGGUGAUCAGUGGAUUCCUCCAUCUGAAGUAGUUAGCUAA